GUACAUCUGUUACCUAUUUGUUUUUUGUACUAUUACUAUUAUUCAUUCCGCUGUUUCUGUUUACUUGGUUAGGUUCUAGUCGCGUGCGUCUCUUUCCCGCAACCGUCGUUAUCCGAUUAUUCGCGCAAAUAUUUUUAUAAAACCGCAAACACCAACAAUGGGCGUGGACGUUACAUUCCUGGUCGAAGGAGACGGUGCGACGUUCCCGAAAAAAGGCCAAACUGUCACUGUACACUACACAGGUACGUUGACUGAUGGCAAAAAAUUUGAUUCUUCCCGAGACCGCAACAAGCCUUUCAAGUUCAAGAUUGGAAAGGGAGAAGUUAUCAAAGGUUGGGAUGAAGGUGUUGCUCAGAUGAGUAUUGGUUCUCGUGCAAAAUUGACGUGUUCUCCAGACUAUGCUUAUGGCGCUUUGGGACAUCCUGGUGUUAUUCCACCAAAUGCCACUUUGAUUUUCGAUGUUGAACUCAUCAAAUGCGAAUAAAAUUUUACAUAAUAAAUUGCUAUAUUACUCCUUAAUAUAUUUAAAAAAAAGAAUGCACCUUCGAGACUGACAAUAAUGUUUUCCCUUAAGACAAACUACUUCAUCGCUAAAUACUAUCAUGAACUGGUGUUAAAAUAUAAUUUGAUUUAGUUUACUUAAUUGCCAAAUGUAUCAAAAAAUGUUUUUUAAGUAUUAAGCAUUUUAAUAUGAGAAUUAUGUUUUAGAAUUAACAAAAUACAACAAGGUCUAUCUAACA